GACACAUUUGAAACAAAAUCAAGUGGCCGUACUUUAUUUAUACGAGAUUAGCAAGAGCAGUACGUAAAAGAAGAAGAGAGGGUAGAGACCGGAGAUAAAGAGACGUACUACAUCUUGUGUGCUGGGUCUACUGACAAUUAGAUUUGGACUUGUCACUAAUUUCAGAAUCUCUCUCUCUCCCAUCUCUCUCUCCCUCUCGACACACGCAUAUAGAUAGAUAAAGAGCUCGAUGAUGAUGGUUACGUGGGCGUGGAGUUUGUUAUCACUACUAAUCUCAGCUGCCAUAUGGUACUUGUUUCAUGAUGCUGAGCAUAUGGAAACUCGGAUGGAACAUACUAGAAGAAGCUGGAUGAACAUGAGCAUGUACAAAAAUGUAUUGAAGCGGAAGAAAGGAGAGGAGAUGAGUAGUAAAAUUCCAAGAGGAAGCUUAGGCUGGCCUGUUAUCGGGGAAACACUGGAGUUUAUUGCUUCUGGAUAUUCCUCUCGUCCUGUUGCUUUCAUGGAGAAACGCAAAUCUCUGUAUGGAAAAGUGUUCAGAACCAAUAUACUGGGAAAACCCAUAAUUGUAUCAACGGAUCCUGACGUUAACAAAGCUGUUUUGCAAAAUCAUGGCAAUGUUUUUAUACCUAGUUAUCCUAAAUCUGUUACGGAGUUGCUUGGGAAAUCAUCAAUCCUUCAGACAAAUGGACCGCUUCAGAAAAGAUUGCAUUCACUCAUCGGAGGUUACUUUCGAUCACCUCAAUUCAAAUCUCGCAUUGCUCGUGAAAUUGAGGAUUAUGUCAAAGUCUCUCUGUCUACUUGGGAGCACAAGAAACUGCCUAUUCUCGUCCAAGAUGAAACCAAACAGAUUACUUUUGAAAUUCUGGUCAAAGUACUGAUGAGUGUUGGCCCUGGUGAAGAUAUGGAGUUUCUCAAAAGAGAGUUUCAAGAAUUCAUCAAGGGUAUUAUAUGUAUACCUAUUAAAUUCCCUGGAACAAGACUUUAUAAAUCAUUGCAGGCCAAAAAGAAAUUGUUUAACAUGGUAAGAAAGAUUGUGGAAGAGAGAAAUUUGGGUAUGGCGAAAACAGGAGAAAAAACCUCAGGUUCACCAAUUGAUGUCAUUCAGGCACUGCUUAGCGAUACAAAGGAAUCAUCAGACAAUACACAACAGUUGCAAGGAUUGCCAUUGGAUAUUGUAACAGAGAAUAUCAUAGAAAUGAUGAUUGCUGGAGAGGACUCUGUCCCCAUGGUCAUGACGCUAGCUGUUAAAUACCUCAGCGACAACCCUGCCACUCUAUCUCGUGUUGUGGAAGAAAACAUGACUCUAAAGAGGCAGAAGGCUACAUCAUGUGAUGGAUUUGCUUGGACCGAUUACAUGUCUUUGCAAUUUACUCAAAAUGUGAUCACUGAAACUCUAAGAAUGGCAAAUAUUAUCAAUGCUGUUUGGAGAAAAGCUCAAAAAGAUGUAGAAAUAAAAGGUUUCUUGAUACCAAAAGAUUGGUGUGUCAUGACAUCAUUUACUUCUGUUCACUUGGAUGAUGAAAAUUAUGAAAAUCCAUAUCAGUUUAACCCCUGGAGAUGGGAGAAGACAAGAGGUAUGGUAAACAACAGCAUUACUUUUACACCAUUUGGUGGUGGCCAGAGGCUUUGUCCUGGUUUAGAACUUUCGAGGCUUGAAAUCUCCAUUUUUCUUCAUCAUUUUGUCACCAAGUACAGAUGGGAAGUGGAGGAUGACAACAUAGUUACUUUCCCAACGGUGAAGAUGAAGAGGAAGUUGCCUAUCACCAUCGUGCCAAUGGUGCAACAACAUUAUUGAUCCUGCCCUACUACAACACGAUGCAAGUUAGAUAGGCAACCUAUCAAGUGGGUCUUUUCGAUCAACAUCAUAUCACGAUCAGAUCGUACACCCUGACCUGUCCCUUUUAACCCCCACCCCCAGUCGGUUUUUUCUAGCUCUGAAAUAUUCUACGUAAAUAUUCUACGUAACAGACACUAUAUGUAAUAAUCUUCCAUGGAUGAGCAUUAUGGGAAGAUUGAUGAGGAGUAUAAUGCAGUUGGGUCUGUUGUCCUUGUCCUUUUUGAUGGAAAGAUUGUGGGGUUGAUAGGGAUCCAAACUUAUCUAUCUCACAGAAAAAAUACUUCACUGAUUAUAUUUCUGAAACAUGUUUUACGGUUCUAAAUUAUGUAGUGCACAUGCGCCUCUGCCCCCAUCAAGAUCUUCUUCAUAUUUUCUACUCAUAUUAUUUUCUUGCAAUCAAAAUUUUGUACUGAGAGUCUGAUUAGGUAGUUGCAAUUUUCCAUGCGUGGGACUACUGAUUUAGGACGGAGAUUA